CACCCCCUCAGGACUCCAAGUCCUGUAAAUUACUUUCACCCCUGGAAAGAACGUGAGCGGCCGCUGCGCAAUCCGAACUGACAAAUAUGGUGUGGACGCAUUUCACUCCCGGCAGAAACAGCAGGCGUCCUCCAGCCCAGCCCCCGCAACUCCCGCCUGCCGCCCAGCUCCCUGCUAAGCUCCGCUCCCCUGUGCCCAGCCUGCUGCUUUGCGCUCCGGGCCGCGUGCGGCGCCAGUGAAGGCCGCUCAGGGAGAGGGCGGCUCCCCCGCGGCCGGGCUGCAAACAGGCUCACGCACUAGGUCUGCGCAGGCAGGAGUGUGAGCAUGUGCAGGAGCCAGUGGGACUGGGUUGGGGGUGAGCGAGCUGUGGCUGCUGUGGUGCUGUUGCUCCGGGAAGUCAAUAGGUGCAGCGGCACAGGCGGGAUUUGUGGGUCUGGGAGGGAGACGUUCGUGCUUCCGGGCAAGGUGGGUCGGUCCCAGCAGGGAGGCGGCUCCGCUCGCCUCCAGCAGCAUGGCAGGCUCUGGGCCCUUUGGCGCCGUGCUGGCCAUGCUGGAAGGCUGCUAUGCCGAGGUGCUGGGGCUUGAACGGUUUGUGCAGAGGCUCCGGGAGGCGGCUGCCUGCGGGCCUGGCGAAGCUGAACUGCUGCAGCGCGGAGACUCCGAGCUCUACCAGACGUUUGUGUCCCAGUGCGUGGUGUGCGUCCCCCGGGGAGCCCGAGCCAUCCCCCAGCCCCUCUCCUUCCAACAGUUAUCUAGUGAGAGUGAAGUAGUCAUAAGAGUCAUUCAAAGACUUUGUGAAAAAAAGAAGAAGAAUGUCCUUGCAUUUGGGUAUACGUUAUUGGAUGAAAACAGUUCCUAUUCACAGGUGAUGUCUACUUCAAAUAUAUGCAGCUAUCUACCUAAUACUGCAACAGAAACUCUUCGGAUGAGUGUCCUAUGGGAAACGUUAUUGAGCAGGAUAGGGGAUGAUGUUAUGAUGUAUUUAUUGGAACACUGUGCUAUCUUUAUGCUAGUGCCACCUAGUUGCUCUUAUCAAAUAUGUGGGCAGCCUGUGUAUGAGCUUAUUUCAAGUAAUGCAGCACCUUCCGCAGUGUUUGUUAAACAAAGGUAUUCAAAAAGUAGACAUAAUAUUUUGUUUGACUACAUGCAAAAAAAAUUUCAGUUAUCAAAGACAAACAGGUGGAAAUGGAAACCAAGAUCAGAAAUUAAUAUCUUGAACACUAAAAGUCAAAGGAAUAAUAGAACACAAGGCUCUGUGCCUGAUAAUGAGCAUUCUGCCACAGCUAAGGGAGCUGCUGGGCAAAAUUCUAAAACAAAUGAACAGGUCAGAAUGGCCACUGGACACCUGGAAAAUCACAGAGGACCUAACCUAUAUCCAGUUGCUACAACCACACCUUCGAAAAGGAAGCUUGAUAGGGAUCAGUUUGAAGUUACAGCUAAAAGGAUGAAGAUAAAUCUAAAAGAAGAAGAAGAUGCUUGGAACCUUGGUUCUAAUGUAAAUAAAAAUAAGUUCACUCUGGACAUCAUUUAUGAUACACAGUCUUUUUCAUGUGUAGAAUCAUUUUCUGUAAAUAACUUUAUUAAAAUAAAGUCCCUUUCUCAAGAAAAUGAGGGUAGAGCAGAGACUCCUGAUGCACCUUCUUUAGUGCAGGAAGCUCAAGAUAGUAAGGGAAAGUCUGUGACAGAUGAUGAGAAUUCGUUAAGGCUGCGUGUUCAGUGUAAUAAACUUUAUAAAUCUACCACUGAGACUAAAACUAAUUCCAGCAGAGAGGGAGUUGAGCUAGAUAUCUGUAAAUUUCAGGUUGGUUCUGUACAAAUGAAAAAAGCAGAAGAUACAUUUUUAAAAUACAGAGGGCUUAAGUGCCCCCCAACUAAUAUAUCUAAGAAGCUAUCCAAUAAAAUCUCACAUUCCAGAGUGUACAUUGGGAGGAAAAGUCUCUUAUAUUCUUCCAGGAGCUUCCGAGAAUGUUUUCCUAAAUCAUUUUUAUUGAAUCGCUUAAAGGGCUGCCAGGCAGGGGGACAACGGCUUGUAGAAAUGAUAUUCUUAAACAGCAAAAUACUGGUGCAAAAAUGCAGUGAAAACGCACCAAGUUACAACUGGAGAAAGAAGAGAUUGCCCAAACGCUACUGGCAGAUGAGAGAUGUAUUUCAAAAAUUGUUAAAGAAUCAUGCAAAGUGUCCCUAUUUAGUACUUUUAAAAAAGAAUUGUCCUGUCUGGAUUUCUGAGACAAAUUCAAGCAAAACUGACAGAAUGUGUCAGUCAGUUUCAUGUGAUGGAGUACAGAUUGAUAGGGAAGCAGAAGGUCAACUUGGGGAAGAGCCUCCUAUAUGUUUGACUAGCAGUGGCAGAGAAGGUAGUUACACUGCUGUUCCAAAUCGUUCGUGUUCGCUUUCAAAAAGAACUUCAAUUGAUUUAAGUAUCUUAAGCAGCCCUGAUAAAUUUGUGUUGGGGCGAACAGAAAAUGAAAGACAAAAUGCUAAAGACUUCUGUGAUCCUGGCUUGAAGGAGCUUCUCAGACAGCACAGCAGCCACUGGCAGGUGUAUGUUUUUGUGCGGGAAUGUUUAGACCUGGUGGUACCAGCAGAACUGUGGGGUUCUAGCCAUAACAAAUGCCGUUUUUUAAAAAAUGUGAAAACAUUCAUCUCCUUGGGAAAAUUUGCCAGGUUUUCUUUGCAGGAAUUGAUGUGGAAGAUGAGAGUGAAUGACUGUACGUGGCUUCGUGUGAUCAAAGGUGAUCAUUUUGUUCCUGCUUUGGAACACCGUUACCGUGAAGAAAUUUUGGCCAAGUUCCUAUACUGGCUGAUGGAUACCUAUAUUGUACAGCUGCUCAGAUCAUUUUUCUACAUCACCGAGACCAUGUUCCAGAAGAACAUGCUUUUCUUCUACCGAAAACUAAUUUGGAGCAAGCUACAGAACAUUGGAAUGAGAAACCAUUUUGCCAAAGUGCAUCUUCGUGCAUUAUCUGCGGAGGAAAUUGAAAAAGUACAGCAGAAGAAAUGUGUUCCUAUGGCAUCAAAACUUCGGUUCAUCCCUAAACCAAACGGGUUGCGACCUAUAGUAAAAGUGAACACUGUUUUUGGAGCAAAAACACUGAACAGGAAAAGCAGAGACAAGAAGGUUCAUUAUUUCAACACUCAACUUAAAAAUCUAUUUAGUGUUCUGAAUUAUGAACGAACCGAAAACACCAGUCUCCUAGGCUCCUCAGUGUUUGGGAAAGAUGAUAUAUAUAAAAUAUGGAGGAAGUUUGUUUCUGAAGUUCUUGAAUCAAAGGAUAAAAUACCUCGUUUCUACUAUGUGAAGGCUGAUGUCACUGGGGCUUAUGAUGCUAUUCCUCAUGAUAAACUUGUGGAAGUGGUCUCUCAAAUCUUAGAUCCCGAGAAAAGAACAGUUUACUGCAUACGGCGCUAUGCAGUGAUCAAGAUUACCAUGAGUGGACAAAUCAGAAAAUACUAUAGAAGACACGUUUCUACUUUCAAGGAUUUUAUGUCUCAUAUGAGAUUAUUUGUAUCCCAUCUGCAAGAGAGUACAUCGCUACAAAAUGCCAUAGUAGUUGAACAGAGCCUUUCUUUAAACGAAACAAGCUCCAGCCUGUUUGCUUUUUUUCUGCAAAUGAUCCAUAACAACAUCUUGGAGAUUGAGGGCAGGUACUACUUACAGUGUUGUGGAAUUCCGCAGGGCUCCAUUUUAUCAACUCUGCUUUGCAGUUUAUGCUAUGGAGACAUGGAAAACAAAUUAUUCUGUGGAAUACAGCGAGAUGGAGUGCUGAUACGGUUAAUUGAUGACUUUUUGCUACUUACACCUCACUUAACACUAGCGAAAACUUUUCUGAGGACUCUGGCAACAGGCAUUCCUGAGUAUGGCUUUUUAAUAAACCCCAAGAAGACCAUGAUGAAUUUUCCUGUUGAUGAGGAUAUCCCAGGAUGUUCCAAAUUUAAACAGUUACCAUAUUGCGCUGUGAUCCCGUGGUGUGGGUUGUUACUAGAUAUACAGACACUUGAGGUUUACUGUGACUACUCCAGUUAUGCCUGUACUUCUAUCAGGUCAAGUCUCGCCUUCAAUUCAAGCAACACAGCAGGGAAAAACAUGAAAUACAAACUUCUCACAGUCCUGAAGCUGAAAUGUCAUAGUUUAUUUCUCAAUUUACAGGUUAACAGUCUUAGAACAGUUUUCAUUAACAUUUAUAAGAUAUUUUUGCUGCAGGCCUACAGGUUCCAUGCAUGUGUUCUCCAGCUUCCCUUUAACCAGCAAGUUAGAAAAAACCCUGGCUUCUUCCUGAGGAUCAUUUCUGAUACUGCAUCUUGCUGCUAUUCUAUUUUGAAAACCAAAAACACAGGGAUUGCUUUAGGUACCAAAGGUGCUUCUGGGCUAUUUCCUUCUGAAGCAGCAGAAUGGCUUUGCUAUCGUGCUUUCAUUAUCAAACUGACAAACCACAAAGUUAUCUACAAGUGCCUUCUUAGGUUCCUAAAAAUAUGUCAAUUGCAGCUAUUCAAGAAAAUCCCAAAGGCUACUAUGCAGCUGCUGAAGACAGUGACAGAGCCAGCUCUUUGUAAAGACUUCAAAGCCAUCAUGGAUUAAUUGACCUAAUCAAGUUAUUUUAUAACCUUUAUAGGUUUGAUGAUAAUUGCUGCGUGUUAAGAAUUACUGACCAGUUUUUAUUUUGAUAUUUUGCAAAUGAUCUGCCCACAACAACUUUUAUGUCCGAAAUUUCCCCUAGCUGUUUCUCAGCUGGCAGUGGUUUAACAAGACAGGCAGAAGAAUAUAUUAGAUUUCUUUUCUAUUUCUGUUACAUAUUUCCUGCCCACUUCUAAUAGCUGUAUCCAAUCAAAGACUUUCUGACCAUAGGGAUUCCCAUCUUCAUGAUGAAGAUUACAUUUAUUUAUAAGCUUUACUUAUAUGGCCACAGCUUUCUCCUCUAAGUCCAUCCUUUCUAUAAAACUCUUCUCUAUCUCUUUGUAUUUCAUAUUGCAGUAGUAAUAAUUAA